GAGGAAGAGGACGAGCAGGAGGAAGAGGAGGAUGCAGCACACAGUGACAAGGAAGAGGAAUCAGAAGAAGCAGCAGAGAGCGAGGACUCCUCUAUAUACUCCCUCUACGAGGAAUCGGACGAGGACAGCGACAGUGCUUCGGACUCUGAGAGCAGCUCGUCCUCUUCCUCCUCCUCCUCGGAUGAAGCUGAGAGCGUGGAGGGGACAGCAGAGGACACCAUGGAUGAGUCCACCAUGGACAGCUGCCCCGUGGAGCCAGCAGGGAAGGAGAGCAAAGCAGAGUCCUUGGUGGGCACGGAACUGGAGAAGGUCAAAGAGGCCGCGCUAGAGCCCACAGCGGAGCAGAAAGCCGCCCCCCCAGAGGAGCGUGAGGCUGAGCUGGCUCCCCGCCCCUCCUCGCCCAUCCCCCUCCUGCCACCUCCCAAGAAGCGCCGGAAAACAGUCUCUUUCUCAGCCCCCAGCGAGGAGGAGGUGGCCAAGGCGGGGGCAGAGAAGGUGGCCGAAGCAGCCCCGUCCCCUCUUCCCCUUCCUCCCCUGCCCCCACCCCCUGCCGAGGAGCUAGCGCCUCCCGCAGUAGUGCCUGUGGAACCCGCCUCGCCGAUGCCCCAAGUGCCCUUAGUGCAGGACACCCCCCGCCCUGCCACGCCGCCCCCUGCCCCCAAGCCUCCCUUCAGUGGGGGGCGUAAACGGGAGCCCCCCAAAGCCAGCCAAAGAACCAUCAGCAACCUGCCGGCCGACCACGCCUCGCUGGUGAAGUGCUGGGCCGAGGAACCGUCUGCUGGCUGCGGACGCCGUCGCUCCCGUUCCCGCUCCUCAGAGCCCCCACGCCCCCUAGCCAGCGGGGAGGCUGAGCGGCUGCGGCUACGGGAGCAGCUGGGCGCCUCGUCCCUCCUGGAGCUGGCCAACCAGCCCGAGGCGGGUGGCGUGGACCUAGCCGUGCUGGCAGACAUCGCCCUGAAGAUGCCCAUUGGCCGCGCCAAAGAGGAGGCCGAGGAUUCGGAGGGCACGGAGACAUCAGAUGAGGCGGAGGAGCAGUCGCCCCCCCGUGCCCUGCCUGCACCCCGAGACAAUAGCAUCCUCCUGGAGCACAACUACGCCAUGGCUGUGAAAGCGGCGCCCCCAGCUCCCCGGAGAGCAGCCAAGGCCGAGGAGGAGGCCCAGGGCCCAGCUGAGCUGCUGCGGGUGGAUCUCUUUGGCGGGCACGUCGGGGAGGUGCUGGAGGCACCAGAGGAGGUGGUGGCGGAGGCCAGCGAGGCCAAGGCUGAGCCAGAGGUGGGCGCCCUCCUGGCACUGGCUGGGGAGGAGCGGGCCAGGAGGAAGCGACACCGAGACACAGAGGAGGCACCGGACUCCCCGGCCUCGGAGCUCUGCCCCUCGGAGAGCGAGGAGGAGGAGGAGGAGAGCGAGGACGCUGAUGCCGGUGAGACGCGCCGGCGGACGCUGCGCUCCCACUCGCACAAGCCCUGGCCCCAGCCCCUGCCCUCCUUUGAGACCCGCAGCGAGUUCGAGCAGAUGACCAUCCUCUACGACAUCUGGAACUCAGGCCUGGACGUGGAGGACAUGCACUACCUGAAACUCACCUACGAGCGCCUGCUGCAGGAGGACAACAGCACCGACUGGCUCAACGACACCCACUGGGUGCACCACACCAUCACCAACAUCGCCAACCCCAAGCGGAAGCGGAAGUCGUCGGACCUGCGGGAGCACCAGACUGGCUGUGCCCGCAGCGAAGGCUACUACCCCAUCAGCAAAAAGGAGAAGGACAAAUAUCUCGACGUGUGUCCUGUGACGGCACAGGAGCUGGAGGUGAUGGACACCCAGGGCACCAACCGCAUCCUUUCGGAGCGGAGGUCGGAGCAGCGGCGCCUGCUCAGCGCCAUCGGCUCCUCCGCCAUCCUGGACAGCGACUUGCUGAAACUCAAUCAGCUCAAGUUCCGUAAGAAGAAGCUGCGGUUUGGCCGGAGCCGUAUCCACGAGUGGGGCCUGUUCGCCAUGGAGCCGAUCGCUGCCGAUGAGAUGGUGAUUGAGUAUGUGGGGCAGAACAUCCGGCAGGUGGUGGCCGACAUGCGGGAGAAGCGCUACGUGCAGGAGGGCAUUGGCAGCAGCUACCUGUUCCGCGUCGACCACGACACCAUCAUCGACGCCACCAAGUGCGGCAACCUGGCCCGCUUCAUCAACCACUGCUGCACGCCCAACUGCUACGCCAAAGUGAUCACCAUAGAGGCUCAGAAGAAGAUCGUCAUCUAUUCCAAGCAGCCCAUCAGCGUCAACGAGGAGAUCACCUACGACUACAAGUUCCCCAUCGAGGAGAACAAGAUUCCCUGCCUGUGCGGCACAGAGAACUGCCGCGGCACCCUGAACUGAGAGCCGUAUUUAUUGUGUUCCCUGCCCCAUCCUCCGGCGCCUUAAGAGCUCCACGUGGCCUGGUAAUGGGGCCCACGGCCAGUCGGUUCUCUGCCAGGAUCCGCCCUCCUCCCGGGGAAGCCAGGUCCGGAUUCAGGUUGCCUUUAGUGACCCCCGCCCCUUGCAGAUUGGCUCCAGAGCCAGCGGUCACAACGUUUCGGCAUGAGCUGAGUUGGAAGCAGCUUUGCCCAGGCAAGACUCGUUCCUUCCCCGCCCAUGACUCCCAGCAUGCAGCUCUGCUUAGGACCAGGGCGCUUGACCCAAAUCCCCAGGAUGCUUUGGGGGCAGCGGAGCAGAGUGCAUGCUGGGAGCGGAGCUACCCUCUUUCCAUCACAGUUGGGAGUUUUGCUUUGCAUUUAUAUUCCCUGCCUCUGAAGAGGAAUUCGGGUCCUUGCCUGCAGGACCCCUCCCUUCUCCCCUGUCCUCCUGCUUGAUGGACACCUGUCGCCACCCGGUUGUCAGGGGAAGGGAGCUGAGCAUGGUGGGAAAUGCCAUGGUCUUGCCAUUGGCGUGACCAUAGUACGCAAGCAGCUGAAAGCACCAGUAAUGUAUCUAAUCACCCAGGGGUCGGAGUCCAAAACAUUAGAGCCUGAAGCAGACUCUUCCUGUCCCUCCAUCUGUUGUCCCUGCUGCUCUUCACACCCGUACCAGGUAGUUCCCGAGCGCCCUCUACGGCAGGGGAGGAUCUGUUUAGCAGGGUCGGGUUUUUACUGUUCUGUUCCCCCUCUCAUCAGUUUUGUAACAGGUGCCACUCCUGAUUCACUCCACUAUGAACACAGCCUCCACCCUUUGAUUACAGUGCCUCGCAAAGUCCCGCACCCCUUUAGCAUUAAUGCCCUGAUAUUUCUGUGGAGAAAUCUUUCCCUCUGGACAAAACAAAACUACCCAGUCCCCUCUCAAAUAUAACAGAAUCAAUCAGAUCACUUCAUCUCCGUAUCCUGCUGCCAAUCAGUGUGUGCCCCUCCCCCCCCCCCGACAUAUUAAAAAAUAAAAUAAAAACACAAGUAGAUAAUAAUAAAGGGGCUGGAUUCUCCUCUCGCUCACCCUGGUGUCGCUCGGGCAGAACGUAUCUCCAGCGUAAGCCGAGACCAGAAUCAAGACCCCCUGUUAAUUUUUCUUUAGGAGAAGAAAGUUGUGUAUAUAUUCCAGAUGGACUGGCUGUUUCUUGUAGAAACACACAAAAGUUAUUGGUAUGUAAAUAUUCUUUUUAUUAUUUUUUCCCCUCUUCCGACUAAAAAAGAAAAAAAUGGUUGUAAAUAACAGCUAUCUUUUUUUCCCCUCGCCCCAAUUUAAUUUCCUUCGAUGCGAAGUUUGCUUUAUUAUCCCUGGGGUGAAAACAGAAAGCCCUUUAUGGAUGGGCACUGGAGAAAAUAUAGUUUGUUGAGUUGCUUUUUUUAACGGGAGUCGGUUCUGAAAGAUAGGAAAACAGGAAAUCUGGCUUGUGGAUAUGGUGCCAACCUUGCCCCAACUUUUGUGGUGGUGUUUGUGAGUCUCAACCGGACGCUGGUUGGGAUGGUGGCUUUGUUUUCAAAAGAUGAACGCUCCUCCCCGGUGGAUUUUGUCAAGGUGGCUGGACUGUCUGGGGUCCAAUCUAUGAGAUGUUGAUUUGCCUUCAACUGUGUUUUGAUGGGAUUUUGUUUGAGAAGGCAGUUAAAUUCCUGUCCCUGUUUCUGAGCUUUGGGCUCUUCUGUGCUAAAGCGUAAAUCACCAGAUCUUGUUUGUUGUUGCAUCUGCCUUUUUGAGGUUUGGAUUAUCCACACCUACACUUCCAUCCCCAAAUUCUCUUCUCGUUUAGUUUUGCGUUCACCUCAGAUUAUCCAUGUAUCCAUCCGCAAAUUCUCUUCUCUCAUCCACAGGGCCGAUCUAGAUGCCAAUACAUUGCCCUUCCUAUACGGGACUCCGAGAUGUAAAGCCAGAGCUGAGAUCGACAACCAAAUUGUCACCCUUAGCGCUGUUCUCCUUUGCCAGCCAAGUAUCCGCUUUUCCAAAAUGGCUAGUGAUUUUUGGAGUGGCUAGCUCGAGAUUCCACACAAAUAGCUGGCUUCCGGGGGGCAGAUAGUUACCAUUUCCUGAAAGUCAGGCCCCUUUCAGGUGUCCGUGUGGGCACCCCAGAAAUAGCCGUGUCUGAAGAAUCAAGGUUGUUCUUUCCUCAAGUCUGCUUCAAAAGCUUUUUGUCUUGAGCUCAAAUCUUUCUCCUGAUGACCGUCAGAAGAAGGCCUCAACAUCUCAUGAGAUUGAACCGCUGAACCUUGGCUGUUGGAAACCUUCCUGGCUUUGAUUGGAAACUGCUUUGCCUCUGCCAUCAUGUCACCAUGCUGGGAAAACACAGCUGUCGGCAGCUGUCUCUGUCCCCCGGAGAGUUUUUAGCAAAUGAAAUUGAACUGGGUAACGGUUCAUCUGAGAUGGGCAGUGGGAGAAUCUUGGAGUAAAUCCAGAGUGACUCCAUUGAGUUUUGCAGGGCUAUGGCCAAAUUCGGAUCCCAGUUACACCAGUCUGAACCUGGAGAGACUCCAUUAAAGUCACUCCAGAUUUCCUCUGGUGUAACCAACUUUUGUUGGAAUCAGUGGAAUCAAUUGCAGAUUCACACUGGCAUCAACAGAUUCACUCUGGAUUUAUUCCUGGAGCAGAAUCUGCCCCUUCCUGUAAAGUGACAUUUGUGACCGAUUUAUUGCUUGCUGAAUCGUAACUGAGUGUGUCUCUUGUCCAAACUCCGCCCCGUGCACGGUGAAGACAUCUAAACCUGCCGUCCCCCCUGCAACUCGCUAGAUAGAAAUACACCAGCCAUGGGCUAUAGACUCGAACCUCUUAACCCACUGAAACUGGCAGUUUCCUCUGUGUAUUAUUUAAUUCAACUUUAAUACAGUGCACAACUUUUCCUCCCAAUGAGAUCCUCUUGGACAUCGAUUUUCCCUCUUGGGCGUGUAGGAGACUAGAAGGAAAGUCUUGUUUUUAAAACGUUACACUCAAGCGCCAAUGAAACUCAUGUCUCUGAUAUGUCCCCUCUUUCGAGCGGGCUCUAAGCUAGGAAGCAAUCUCUGUAACGCCUGCGAUACGGGGCAUUUAACAUGUGCCUAACAACUCAGAACUCCCCCAAUUUGAAGCUGGUUUACCGAUUUUUAAACCCACCAGCCCCUUGUGUUUUUUUUUUUUUUUUUUACCGUUUCUGUCUGCAAUGGGUUUGUAACUUGCCUCAUUUUCUCAGCAUUGAUUUUAAUCUCUGGGCUCGCUUCUAACUUUUGGUGUCGGAGCAAAUGUUUUUGCCACUCCAGCUCCGCACAGGUGUGGGGAGAAUGGGGACCUCCUGUCAGCUCAGAAAGCAAGAUUUCAGGCCCUUGCUCUGGAAUAUGCAUAUUAGCCAAGGCUUUUAGGCUAGUCUCUCAAGCUUUUCAAAGCUCCCGUGGUCACUUAGAGACGCACAGGUCCAGAUCCUCGACAGUAUAUAGACGUCUAACUCCGUUGACUUCGGUGGGUGUGGGCCACAGCUCCUGUUUCUCGUUGGAUCUCGGCGAUCCCUGCAUCUCUCCAAAGCAGACCACGAGAUUGAGCUUCAGUGAUAAAUGGGAGUCGGGUUUCUAAAUGGCCCUGGUUGGAAAGACAACCCGGCACUGAGGAGUCGGCUUUUGAAAAAUCACAGCUUCACCUUUUGCUCCACAGCUCAUCCAGGAGGGAGAAAAUCAAUUUCAAAGCCCAUCUACCGUGGGGAAUAUCUGUCCUGGUAGCUGCCCAUUCAGAUCUCUGCCAGGCGUGAAUCACCCUGUCAUCUGACCCCACCAACUGAUCUUUUUUCUUUUUGUUUAGUCAACACCUCUUCUUGAUUUAAUUCCAAAGCCACAAACUCUUCCCCUCUUAACUCCCCAGCCACCCCCCAUGAAUGGAAAGCGAUGCCAGCCCAUCUGAUGGACUUUGAUUUAAGAGUCAACCAGGCCUGUGUCUUGUCUGCAGCCCGACAUGUCUCAGACCUCGUCCGUUUCCAUUGAAACUCACCAACCGUAGGUUCAGCAAUCGCAUUAAGUAGGUCUCUUAAACAGACGCCUGUCAGCUGAGUUUUCCUUCCCUUCUGCCUUUGGAUCUCGUGGGUAUGGGAGGCUUUGGGAGCUCUCUUCUCCCGUCUCAACUGAACCGUUGCUUUCUUGGAAGGAAACCCCAAAGAAGGAAUCCUGCGCCAGGUGGGGGCACAGAGAGUAGCCAGAACUAGACGUGGAUGCAAAGCAGUUUCCAAUUAUCUCUGUCCAAGCGUCUGAGCCGAGAGAAACCAGAUCAGAAACUCAGAUGGGAGAAAAGAUCACCCCCUACCUCGGUGUCAGACAAAACCCCACUCAGAACCAACUCCCAGAGCUCUAGGGUAGGUCAAAAAACACCCCCCAAAAGUUCCCCCUCUCUCCGUGUGUGUGUGUUGUCAAAGAUCUCUCCAGCUGGGGGAGCUGAGCGGCUCAGAGAGUGAAGAAAACAGACACAUUCCCCUACCCCUUCUUCACCAAAGUACGAGCGACCUCUCUCCGCGCUAUCUUUAAUUUGCUGUCCUCGGUUUCCUACUGUACAUAUGUUAAUACGUUGUGGAUUCAAUACUUGGUGCCAGACAAGCACAUUUUUAUAAAUGUCAUUAAACUUUUAUUGUAAAAAAAAAAAAAAAAAAAAAAA